AUGAAUCUAAAGGCUGGCUCUGUGGUCGAUGCAAAAAAGCCCGGUGGUCGACGCAAGUCUGCCGCGGUCCAAGAAGAUGCGCGUAAGGGCGUGGACACUCACGUCAAAGUCAAAUUCAAGGGCGACGCUAUCGUUUAUUGUAUACCAUGGAAGGAUAUUAACGCACAGCAUUUGAUUAAAGCAAAGCCCCCGAAUGCAGAAGCGGCAGGCAAGCCCUUGGUUGUGGUUAUUAACGAGGAAAAUCAAGACGUGGCACCGCGGGAAAAUGUGCAAUCGACGCCGUUUGCUCCGACGGCAACUUUGCGACUUGGUGGAGAUGAUCCCCCAAGCGGCGGGGGUCAAGCGCGAGUGACGCAAACUGGCCGGAAUGAGACUUUGUAUUCAGUACAGAAGAGAUGGCGGUUUCCACAGCCUCUGGACCUACCGGCGAGAGAUGCUAGGGUGCCGGCGUCUUCGUUCACUCCUCGUUUUAACAGAGAAAAUGUCAACUCUCCAGAUAAUGAAAGCCAUGGGAUGCGGAGUGAUUCUAACGGCGGGCCGAACGGGGGCCUGGCUGGGGAGUCUCCGUCCCGCAAGCACAAGGAAAGCCUUCUUGAAUUUACGCUCCGUAGUCCUCUACGUCAAGAAAAACGUGAUGCACCUCUUUAUCGAUUUUCGGACGAGAUUCGCGGGACGCCCACUUCAAGGCCUGAUUCACGUCCUUCUCAGUUUUCAUACCCCGCGAAGAGACAACGAACUGACCAUGGCAUGCCUGGAACAAAUGGUGUGAUAUCAGAAGUUGGAUCUUAUCAAAGCAAGGGACAUGUGACAUCGAUGGUGACUCCAAUUUCCCGCCAUCCUGCAGGGUCUUUGGAAGGUGUUUCCGUAUCCCGAUACCGCGAGGAGUGGAAAACUGCCGAAUACCGGAUUCCGCGGACCAGAUUACAACACCAACACAACUCCGAGCUAUGGCCACCUCACCCGCAUGUACCACCUCCGCGCGGAGACUUUUUUGCUUCAAAUUCGAAUCGGUACCGAAGCAUUACGGGUUCACGAGUUGUCGAGAACCAUGCGCCAAACGCUCGUUUGCGAAAGAAAAUUGACAGUUUCCGAGACGAGCGCAUCAUUUCAAUAAAGCGUCAGCCGGCAAGUCCAGUUGCUAAAUGUUUUCAAGGAAGUGAGCCAUUCCCGAGGGAAGAUCCCGGCUCUCUGGAAUUACCCAAGAGUUCAUUCGAAGCAAUGGAAAUCUGUGAGAAGCUCAUUAAGGAAAGCAAAGAGAGUGACUCUGUUGAUCAAGCAUCUGAAGAAGCUGAGACGGAAGAAACCACGAUAGAGUAUGUGGCUCUUCGAAGCGCCGCUACGAGAAGGCGGUGCAAGUCGAAACCGAAAAGAUGGCGAGCCAGAGCACUUCCCCACGUGCGAGUAAGUGGGCUUCCACAGCCUGCGAGUGAUCAAGGUACGAAUCAAGAAGAAUUGGUGGCUUGCGAGACGUCAGGACUUCGCAUCUGCCAUUGCGAGUGCGGCAAUCCUCUUGGUAAGGGUAGAGCACUUCAAUGUGGGAUGUGUGGACUUUGGUAUCACAAAGGCUGCGUUCGAAGUCAUGACGUGAUAGAAAAAUGGGAUAAGCCGAUGGACGACCCAAAAUUGUUUAUGUGCGACAGGUGCGCAGAAAAAGUAAUUACGGAGAAAAGCAUUCUAGCGAGAUCCAAAGACGACGAUAUUUCCGCGCAAGCCGUGGAGAAACCGGAGUCCUUCUUCUUUGCACAAACCGCUAUUGUUUAUGACGGCCGCGGUGGCCCUUUAACGGCUCCAAAUCACUGGAAUGUCAUGGUUACGCCCGAAGGACGAGAAAGUCGCAGCAGCGUGGCAUGGAGGGCCAGGAUCCCAUUGACGGAGAAUGAUAUCAACGCCCGGGCAGAGAACGUCGAACUGCUCAGGGCUGGCGUGCGACGCCCGUCAAUAGGACAGCAAGAGCGAGAUACAAUUGACUCUCGCUUCACUGAAAGCAUCUUGCACUGUACAUAA